GCCGAGGUGUGUUCGGGGGCGGCGGCUGAGGUCAUCCAGUCGGUGGUGAACGGAGCGGACGGCUGCAUCUUCUGCUUCGGACACGCUCACCUGGGUAAGACCUACACCAUGAUUGGUCGAGACUGCUCCACCCAGAGUCUGGGCGUGGCUCCCACAGCCAUCUCGUGGCUCUUUAAGGUGAUCGAGGAGCGGAGGGAGAAGUCUGGAGCUCACUUCUCCGUCAGAGCGUCCGCCGUGGAGGUCUCCGGUCGGGAGGAGACGCUCACCGACCUCCUGGCUGAGCUCGCCUCCUCCUCAGCGGGGGGGCACCAGGAGGCCCCGGGCCCCGCGGUGUCCCUGAGAGAGGACCCUCUCUGUGGAUCCCAGCUGCAGAACCAGACGGAGCUGCGGGCGAACAAUGCAGAGCGAGCAGCGUUUUUCCUGGACGCCGCCCUGACGGCGAGGAGGAGCAGUCGGGCACCAAGCGACCAGGAGGCCCGGAGGAACUCUCACUUCCUGUUCAGCCUGCACCUCAACCAGGAGAGGCUGGACAAAGGCAGCAAGGCAGCAGUGUCUGGUGGGAGUCGUCUUCACCUCCUGGAUCUGGGAAGCUGUGAGACGGACAUCAGCGGGACCAGAGAGGGAGGAGGAGGACAGUGUCUGUCUCUGUCUGCGCUGGGAAACGUCAUCCUGGCCCUCGCCAACGGGGCCGAGCACGUCCCCUACAGGGACAGUAAGCUCACCAUGCUGCUCAGAGAAUCCCUCGGAAACAUCAACUGUCGAACCACCAUGAUCGCCCACAUCUCCGACUCCCCGGCCAACUACAUGGAGACGCUGACCACCGUGCAGCUGGUCUCCCGCAUCCACAGCAUGAGGAAGAAGAAGCCCAAGCAGACCUCCUCCAGCUCAUCCGAAGGGGACAGGUCCUGUGAGGAAGGCCCGUCCCAUCGACCUCCUCAUCCUCGACCGUUCCACCCAAAGAUCGUGGCCCUCGACACAGACACGCCCCUGCUGCUGCUGUCUGGCGACCCCGACUGCUCCUCCAGCAGCGAACACUCCUGCGACACCGUCAUCUACGUCGGACCCGGAGGGGUGGCCGUCUCGGACCGAGAACUCAGCGACAACGAGGGACCGCCUUCCUGCAUUCCAAUCAUCCCCUCGCUGACCAAAAAGUGGGUGAAAGACGCACCCAGAUCCGACGGCAAUCACUUAAAGUGCAACACGUUCGCAGAGCUGCAGGAGAGACUCGACUGCAUCGACGGCAGCGAGGGUCCGGACGCGUUCAGCACGGAGGGAAAAGCAGCACAAGCAGCGGCGCUCAGGACUCAGACUGGAGCCACUAAACCCACCGAGACAACGUCUCCACCCAGAUCAGAUAAGAAUCCCUCCCCCGGGUUCUCAGAAAGCACAUCAUGCUCAAAUAAACCCGAUCAGGGACAAUCCACAUUCCCUUCAGCCGGUGGCCUCAUGGACUCUUCCAAACAGACGAGUGCAGAUGUGGAGAAACUUGCUAACCCCUUUCAUCCAUGUGUGGUGAAACCUAGUCGGAGUUUUUCUCAGGACUCGGAGCCCGUGCUGAGAAAGAAGGUCUACCUCAGAGGAGGUGUUCCCAAGCUGUCAGCCUCUCCGUCCUUACCCAGGACAUCCAGGGCAUCAUCUCAGCCUCAGGUUGUAGGUAGGACGCCCCCUGUGGGUAUGAGUCAACUGAGGCAAAGCCACCCUCUGGGGUCUCCUAACAUGGAACGGGCCCACAGUCUUCGGGCAGCUCUGUUCGGAGGACACCUUGACAGGGAUUUUCUGAGAACUACCAUCACAUUGCAGCAGCCCGUGGAGCUGAACGGGGAGGACGAGCUUGUGUUCACGGUCGUGGAGGAGCUUCCUCUCGGCCUCGUCCCAGACAACGGCCGCCCCUCCAACCUCCUCGGCUUCAAGAGUGACCGCUCUCGGCGAGGGUUAUCCUCCGACUCUCGGCCCGUCAGCAUCAUCAGCAGUAUUAAUGACGAGUACGAUGCUUACAUGGGUCAACAAGGAGCUGUGGGACCCGGGGCCGACGUUGGCACCGACUGCCGGGAAGGGUUGUUUCCUCACCAUAGCGACAAGCGGUCGGCUCGCGGCUCACGGCCGAGUGAAGUGAGUGCUGAUUCGGCUGAAGGCACUCAUUCAACAAGCAGGCUUUACUUGAGGGACAAAGUCAUGGCAUCGGAGAAUGCAUCCAUGCUAACCUCGCCAAGUAUGUUUCAUAAACAGACAUUUUUGCAGCACAGCAUGAAGAGCUCCCUGAAUGACAGUGGCGUUGGUUUCUCAGAGCUGGACUGUAACCCUGCUACUCCAAACAAACCUUCUUUUACCAAGUGUCCUCCAUCCCCUGACUCCACCAAAGCCUCUCUCGCGGUGAGAGACGGUACUCUGAACACUUCUGCAUUAGCCCAGAUUCCACAUCCUGUCGCCCAUUCCAGUCUUCCCAGGAAAAACAAGCCUACCUCAUCUGCAGCCGUGGUCUGCAGCAGACAGGAAGGGAGACACGAUGAUGUUGUUUCGCUUCAGGGAAGCAGUCAGUUCGAUCCCAGAGAGGUUGGGUUUCUCUCUGCAGGUAAGCCACCAAGAAGUGGCACGAGUAGUGUUUCCUCUAAGAGGCCCGGAGGGAACAGCAACAGCGUACCUCGGCUACCGAAGACGACAAUGUCGUCUUCCGCUCAGAGGGUUGUGGAUGGUUGUGAGAAGUCCAGCGGCAGGAGGGGAGAUACUCUCAUCAAGCUGCCACGACUCACCCGAGGUGCGACAACUCUAGGAACUGUUUCCGUUCCCCAGAAUUCAGAAUCAAAAUGUGUUCGCGAGGGCGCUUCGGUGACGGGUACCCUGAGGUUCUCCUCCUUGGGGAAAAGGUUGAAUGGGCAGAAAAGCAGUGUGAUAUCUAGGUCUGGAUGUGGAAACAUCUCCCCUCUUGCUCCGCCUGUUAGACAGUUGAGCCAAGACCUAAAGACAAGGACUGCACUGUCUCCAAGUGCCUUAAAAACAAGCAGCGCCAUUGGAAAGUUUCCAUUCCCUAAAACAUCAACCUCAGAGGAGGAAUUCAACAUCAGGCUGUGGGCAGAUUCAUUCAGCCACAGAACAUCUUGUUUAAAAACCGAACACAGUUUCGCCAGGACAUCUUCCAGCCUGAAGACACGAGGGAGCAAAGCGGAGUCUUCCAGGUACUACGGGACUCUGAGGUCUCUGGAGAGUCAAACUUUAGCUGGGUCCAAGCUUGAGCUGUCCAGGGAGAGCAAUGCUGCUACUUUAGGGAGCAACAGCAGAUCCAACAGAUCAGUUCCAAGACUCGGGGUUCCGGCCUCCAGCUCCACAUCUGGUUCUUCCUCCCAAGUUUCUCCCGGUGUCUUUGCAACUACAAGCAAACUGGGGCCGGUCGAAGGCAACAACAGCAGCUCUCGAGCAGCAACGUCUGGUGGAUCAAAGGUUCGUACUUUGUCCACCGGCAGUCCCAAGACCCCUUCCUCCUCACCUAAACCUCUCGAUCACGUAGCCGGACGCAACACCGGCCUCCCUCCAACUGGAAAGUCCCCGGCUCGGUUGGGGGCAGCAGCCAAGACGGGAAGAGGCACCGUCAUGGGCACCAAGCAGGCCAUCAGCAGGGCGGCUAACAGCCGGGUUAGUGAGUUAGCCACCGGUAGCCAAAGGAAGCAGCUCAACAGGGUAUCCAGGGGAGAAACGGGAAGUGGUGGGACGACCGGUAGCAGCAUCGGGUUGCCGGGCAACACGCCGCUACCUUCGCCUUACAGCAAGAUCACGGCGCCUCGGAGGCCGCAGCGCCACAGCAGCGGGCACGGCAGCGACAACAGCAGCGUCCUCAGCGGAGAGCUGCCGCCCGCCAUGGGCCGCACCGCCCUGUUCUACCACAGCGGGGGCAGCAGUGGCUAUGAGAGCGUGAUCCGGGACAGCGAGACCACCGGCAGCGCGUCUUCGGCGCACAACGACUCCGUGAGCGAAACCGGAGCAUCAGCUUCGUCCAAUAGGAGCAAAGUUUCUAGAUCGCCCAAGAAGAGAGGAAACGGUGAGUCGGCUUUGCACUCGUCCACCUCCCUCCUGUCCUGUUACUGCUUCAGAGGUAAGAAUCUCUAUACAUCAAGGUGCAUCAUUUUUGUACGUUUUGCUACGAAUUCUGAAUGAGAAGGUGUUGAUUUAGGACCCAAACGUGACCAGAUACCAUGACUCAACAGUCUAAAGCCCUGCUUCCUUUAAUGCACCCUUGCAGCCUCACACCUUGUAAAAGUGUUGGACAACAUUCAAAUGAUUUAUGUAAAAAAACAUCUAAAUCUACGGCCGUUUAUUCUCUGGUUGGGUUUACAGGGAUGUGAUCUGGACUUUUCAGCACAAUCAGCACAAUAUAUUUUAAUAUUUUACAUUUCAAUGUGCAAAUUUUUUUCGCACGAUGGUGUUAAAACUUCAUCAAGAUUUAUCUAAAAAUAUCCACAAAUCUGAAACUUUCUCAGCAAUGUGGACCACUUAGUGGUUGUUAAAUCAGCUCAGAAUGCAUCUAGUUAUACUGUAGUACACAUAGUGUUGUAUAUAUAGAAUAUAGUAUAUGUAUUUGUUGCUAGAGCACAGCAGCAUCUUUUAUACAGUUUGUUCUUCUUGAGAUCGAUUAAAGACUUUAAAACAACAAACGGUUAAUGUAGAGAAAUGUCAAAAUGUAUUUAUUUAUUUAUUCAUUCUGCACCAAUCAGUGAAGCUGUGAGCCAGAGUUCAUCUGCUGUCCACAGAUAACAUGAAGCUUCUCAAUGUGUUGAUCAGAAUGUGUGAGAAGCUACAUCGACACAUUAACACGUUUGUUUGUCCAUAUUGUGCUGACUGGAUGAAAGCGGCUGUUCAAUAUCAUAUUUUCAUGAAUGCUGAGCACAUUUAAGCCUUUAAGCGUUAUCGUCACAUCGUCACAUUAUGUGUGACGAUGUGACCUUCCAGCAGCUGAUUGUGAUUCAUGCAGCAGGUCAGAGAGUCUGAUGCAUGAUCCGCCUCAUGAAUAAUUCAUGAGGCCGCUGAGAUUCCCCAUGUACAUAUCCAACUACACU